AUGGCUGCCAUUUGCGGAAUAGAACCCUGGAUUGGAAUACACAGGAACGACACAGCCGCCUACCUCAAUGAUAUGAUACUCGUAACUGUCAACGGAUGUCUUGCCAUAUUUUCAUUUCUUAGCAACCUGGUCAUCAUUGUCACAGUAAUAAAGACGCCUUCCUUACAGAAGCCGUGCAACAUUUUACUGAGUAACCUGGCCUUUGCAGAUUGCCUCACGGGAGUCAUCGUCCAGACCAUGUUUAUUGUGUGGCGACUUUUUCUUCGAAGAGCCCAGCAGUCAUGUCUACAUCAAGUUCUGGUGUUUGAUAUCUAUUACACUUUACAAGUGCUCACGGUUGGUUUAUCAUUUGUCAACGUUAUAAUUAUCAGUUUUGAUCGCCACUAUGCCCUGGACAGACCUCUGGUGUAUAUAACUCGCGCCACUAAAAAAGGUGGGUCUUUUACUUGAGCAUUUGUAUGUGUAAUCAAAUGGUGACGAAACGCAAGUGAAAUUAUUCCCUAAUUUCACAAGUAUACCAUGUGAUUACCUAUAAAUAUCAUGGGUGACGAAUUACCUUAGCAAUCGAGGAUUUUUGACUGGUUUAUCCUGGAUCGUAUCGAUCGAUCGUGAACUCCACUCUCUCAAACGUUUGGAGCUGAAAUUUGGCUUAAGUUUUCAGAAUUUUUCGACAACAUACCUCUAAGAAUCCUUCUUGAUGUUCUCUUUCGUGUGUUCAGGUUUUCUAAAGCGUCUUUUUAUACCCUGACAUCUUCAUUCAUGACAUUUUAAAACUUCGUCGCCAUCUUGAAACGGAGACGUACGGCAGGUUGCCGGGGCAAUUUAGUAAUUUCACAUGUAAAAUUACAAAUUAACGCUGAAAUUUCGCGCCAAAAUUAAGGAGUAAUUCGUCACCUAUGAUAUUAGAUAAAUAAAGUCACUUAGAAGAAAAGAUAUAUGGACAGUUUCACUGUAAGGAACUAUAGUUACCGAGGGUAUUAGAGAGUUCUACCUGGUCCAGGAUUAAGGCAUUUAAUCAAAGAGCUGGAAUGUUCUGCCCAAGAUCGCGCGCUCUCAUUGGUUACUUGGUUGUAGACUGUUUCCCGCCAAUAGUGUCUGAGUGGGUACCAUUGCAAAAUGUAUGAAAUCAGUGACCGCUUGCUGAUGUUUGCUUUCAAACAUUUGUUCACGUAGGUUUUUCUUUGUGUGCUAUAUUUCACCCAGGGAAACAAGUUAAUUAUGUUUCUCUUAAAUCUCAAUGUUUACCUCGGCUCAUCCGUGUAAGUCAAAACAAUAGACAUUUUUUUCAUUUUAUAAAGUCUAUGAAGGGUUUCAUAUACGAUUCAAGAGACAAUUUAUUGGCUUAAAAGCACUUCUUGCAGUACCGGUGUUAAGUUUAGGAAAAGUUCGUCUCCGGGACAAACGUGGAUCUUCAAAUGCAAUGAACUAAACUAAUAAAUCAAAACUUUGUACAAAUGAAUGAUAAAUAUUUCGCCUCGUUCGGGUGAAAGUUCGACGUCCAAUAGAAGAUCUUAGCUUAAUUUUGUUCGACCCAGAUCUGAAUUUCGUUCAUCUUAUGAAAAGUUCGACCUUUGGCCUUAAGGCCUUGGAUACCUUUACUCAGGUAUAUUAAGGCCUGGGUCUGCCACUUUUUUGCGGGUAAGGGGGUAUUCUAUCUUUGAAAGAAAAGGUAUUGUAGAUUUGCAGACUUAUUCAUUCCAUUAUCUUUGUUAACAUAGUAUAAUUGAGAUUGACAUCACCAUGGUACCGUGUUGCGUGGCCAAGUAACGCUUCACUUCCGUAUUUUUUCUUUGAGGAUUCUGUAGGCAGGGUAAAAAUACUAUUAUUGAGAAUUUUUUGUGGUGUUGUUUUUACCUAUCUGAAGUACUUUCCAAAUUUAACUGGAAUGGUGGUAUGCCUACCCUUGAUGAAUGUUUUUCGGUUGUCACUUGACAGAAAAAAUCGUUGAGAUUUUACUGACCACGUGACCUGGACACGCCUUUCAGUUAGUUUCGUGUACAUCCAGUAAUAUGUAUAACACUUUCCACGCAUUAUUUUUUUAACAUAAGUGUGAAUACGUUCUCCUGCAGCUGGCCUGAAGAUAAAUAUGGUAAUUGAUUAUCUAAAUGAGUCACGUGACCACUAUUGUGACAACUUUCAAUCAGACUUAACCUUUACAAAAUGUUUAAGCUCUUACCUAAGUUUCCUAUCAAUAUGUUGCAUAUUUACAGAGAUAGACCACCCCCUUCAUUUUCUUUCAUGUAGUUUACGUGCCUUAAUUGACCCAGUCCUUAAUAUACCCUUUCCAUACCAGGUCUGUACGCACCGCGAGGACGGCAUCGACAUCGUCACAAAACAGUUGGUUUACGAGCAAAAGAACGGCUCGGCACGCGCAUGCUGGUACAUUUCUUGAACAUUGAUCGGCCGACUACGACGUGAACCUUCCUAAUGCGAAGUAAGAUCGAGAACGUGAAAGAAAAAUUCCCUUUUAGUAAAAUCACUUGUGUAUUGUCAUCAGUCUACAUGCGGCUGCCUUUAAACUGACCUUAUUUUAUUCGAUCCUGUUUUGCAGGAGCAUUUAAAGUUGCCAUCUUCACAAACAUAAUCUGGCUGCUAUUAACAAUCGUACUUCUAUUUGCUUUGCCUCCUGUAAAAGGCUUCAUGUUGGUGACUACUUUUGGCGUGCUGUUUCUCGUUGUUCCGCCUGUUAAUUACAUUCGAGCACUGCUCGCUAUUCGUCGUCAUAACGCUCAAUUGGGUGAUGCAGUUACGCUCCAGAUGUCAGUAGUAUUGCAGCGCGAGAAAAGAGUUGCACUCGAUACGUGCAUUGUUGCCGGCUUGCUGUUCGCCUCUCUGCCACCAGCUUUUGGCAUGUCGAUUGUUCAAAAGAGAUAUCCUCGGCUACACUCCGUUUUGCUUCCAUGGAGUUUGACAAUGACGUUUAUACCGUCCUGUGCGAAUCCAGUGAUUUACUUUGUACGUUUUAAGAACAUGAGAAAUGCCUUUAAAUCUAUUAUCAACAUAUAA